UCAGCAAGACAUAAUAGAUAAUAUAUAUUUUCAAAAGGCAUAAAUACGAGACGACUCAAAAGUCUUAACACCAAAUUUAGACCGACUAAAAAAUUCAUUAACGUAAAAAGUUCUUCUUCUUCUUCACGCUCCUCUCUUUGUCAUUUUCUUUUCUUUUUUUGUCUUUCCUUUUUGGUUUAAGAUUCCUCUCUUUGUUCUUCGUCAUGUCUAAUGAAAUCAAAGAUCUUAACAACUAUCACUACACUUCAUCGUAUAACCAUUACAAUAUCAACAACCAAAAUAUGAUGAACCUCCCUUACGUUUCCGGUCCAUCUACUUAUAAUGCAAACAUGAUCUCAUCAUCACAACUCGGUUUCGAUCUACCCUCGAAGAACUUGAGUCCUCAAGGAGCGUUCGAUUUGGGCUUCGAGCUUUCUCCAUCUUCUUCCGACUUUUUUAAUCCUUCGAUCGAUCAAGAAAACGGUUUGUAUAAUGCUUUUAAUUAUAAUAGUAGCCAUAAGAGUCAUGAAGUUGUCGGUGGUGGUUGUGCAACCAUUAAGAGUGAAGUAAGAGUUUCAGCUUCUCCUUCUUCAAGUGAGGCCGAUCAUCAUCCCGGUGAAGAUUCCGGCAAGAUCCUGAAGAAAAGAGAAGCUGGCGAUGGAGGAGAAGAUGAUCAACGUUCUCAGAAAGUAGUUAAAACAAAGAAGAAAGAGGAGAAGAAAAAAGAGCCACGAGUCUCGUUCAUGACUAAGACUGAAGUUGAUCAUCUCGAAGACGGCUAUCGUUGGAGAAAGUACGGCCAAAAAGCAGUAAAAAACAGUCCUUAUCCGAGGAGUUACUAUAGAUGCACGACGCAGAAAUGUAACGUGAAGAAGAGAGUGGAGAGAUCCUACCAAGAUCCAACGGUCGUGAUCACAACUUACGAGAGUCAGCACAACCACCCGAUCCCGACCAAUCGCCGGACGGCAAUGUUCUCUGGAACCACCGCAUCAGAUUACAACCCAUCUUCGUCUCCAGUAUUCUCCGACCUCAUAAUGAAUACUCCAAGAAGCUUCUCAAAUGAUGAUCUCUUCCGUGUGCCAUACGCUAGUGUGAACGUGAACCCUACUUAUCAUCAACAACAGCAACAGGGAUUUCAUCAGCAGGAGAGUGAGUUCGAUCUCUUGAAGGAGAUGUUUCCUUCGGUUUUCUUCAAACAAGAGCAUUGACGAUAUAAAUAAUAAUUAUGUAUAAUAUAGAAACAAUUCGGAUGCAUAAUAAUAAGUGAUAGUGUUAUUUAUUUUUGCAUGUAUAUGUAUAUACAUGUUUUUGUAACUAGCUAUAGGAUAAAUAUGGAGCCCUUUCGACUUAUAAAAAUAAUUUCUUUUCUUGAAGUAA